UAUAUAAGGGUGGAUGGCUGGCUAGUGUUUCAGACGGACAGAAUGACAGCAGGCCUGUUGGCCGCACGGCACUGAGAGCCACCAUGACUCAGAGAAAGAGGCCCCCACCUUCCAGCGGACUGCUAAUUACCGGGUGAUGUGUAGCAUCUACAGGAUGAUUGACAGCUGCUCCAUCUGAACCCCAGGAUGCCUGUGGUGCCAGUGGGCGGGACAUCCUCCUCCCACGUCGUACCUGUUGCCCUCACCUGCUCAUGGCUGCUUCUGCUCUUCCACGCUGCCUUUGGACAGAAACCCGCCAAGCUGCCCUUGAUCAACCGGAAACCCUUCAUUGCGGCCUGGAACGCCCCAAUGGACCUGUGUACCAUCAAGUACAAUGUCACCGCCAAACUUGACCAUCUCUUCCACAUCCACGGGAGCCCACGAGCUGAUUGGACAGGCCAAAACGUUACCAUAUUCUAUGCCAACCGUCUGGGUUACUACCCUUACUACACUCCACAGGGUGCUGCAGUGAAUGGUGGCCUGCCGCAGAACUGCAGCCUGGACCUGCACCUGCUGAAGGCCUACCAGGACAUCAACCACUUCAUCCCUGCAGAGGACUUCCGCGGCCUGGCAGUCAUUGACUGGGAGUUUUGGCGGCCUCAGUGGAGCCGUAACUGGCACAAAAAGGAUAUCUACCGGCAAAAGUCGAGGGAGUUGACGGCAAAGGCGUAUGUGAACGUGACGGCUGCACAGGUGGAGGAGCUGGCACGGCGACGGUUUGAGAAAAGUGCCAGGACGUUCAUGCAGAGGACUAUUCAGCUGGGUACGCGCCUUCGGCCCAAUGGCCUCUGGGGUUUCUACCUCUACCCUGACUGCCACAACUACAACCUGCACGAUCAGAACUACACGGGCUUUUGCCCGCUGCUGGAGAGCCUGAGGAACGACGAGCUGGUGUGGCUGUGGAACAGCAGCACAGCGCUCUUUCCCUCCGUGGCGAUCAGGAAAAGUCACACCAACAGUGUCAGCAACCUGCACUUCUCCCAGCAUAGGAUCAGAGAGUCGCUCCGUGUUGCCUCACUGACUUCAAAGGAGUACGACCUCCCCACCUACGUGUACCUGAGGCUGGGAUACCGAGAAGAGGCCAUGGCCUUCCUCACCUCAAAAGACUUGAUCCACACCAUCGGGGAGAGUGCCGCUCUGGGUGCUGCAGGAUUCGUCAUCUGGGGCGAUCUGAACUUGACCUCAUCCAGGUCUAACUGCACCAAAGUGAAAUCCUUCCUGAACUACCGUCUGGGUAAGUACAUAAUCAAUGUGACGCGAGCCGCCGAGGUCUGCAGUGACUUCCUGUGCCAAGGGAACGGCCGCUGCAUCCGCCGGGACCCCCCCGCCCGCCAUUACCUCCACCUGAGCGCCACCAGCUACAAAAUCAGUCCUUCUGGCAAGGGGGACUUUGCAGUCACCGGGUGGCACUCUCAGCACGACCUGCAACUGCUGACUGAGAGGUUUCGCUGCCACUGCUACGAAGGUCACGAGGGCGAAAGCUGCGACAGCAUCAACAAAGUGAAAGAGGACGAUGGGCCAUGGAGGGACGGGGAGGAGGACGAGCAGGAGAGGAGGAGGACGGAAUGGGAGUAUGAGCAGGAUGAACAACGGGAGGCAGGGGAGAGUUCAGCACCCCCGGGUGGCUUUAGCCUUCACAUGAUGUUGGUGAUUCUCCUGUUGAACUUAUCCUUAGUAAAAACAGUCGUAUGAUGCACUCAGUAUAGUGUUUCAAUUCAAGAUGGAGGCAGAUUUGAACUCUUGAUGUCGCUGUUUCACUCUAUGUACCACUAGCAGCACCCUUUUUAUAAACCCUUAUCAGAUGUAGAUUAGGGCUGCAACUAAUAAUCAUUUUGUCAAUGGUUUGUUCCAAACAAUCCUUUCAGCCUGGUUCCAGUCCACUGAAUCACUGCCUAUAUCUCGGAUUUGUUCAGUGAUUCAAUAACUGUUUAUAUCUUGCAUUGUGCUUUAAAAGGCAUUAACGAUUCCCUAAUGUUUCACUAGUUACACUCUGACGGACCACAUAAGUGAGGAAAAAAAAAAUCCAGCCUCUAGUCAUUUAGCCUUUGAAAUGUCCAACGACACUUCAUUUUCAGUUUGGUUAUUAGUCCAAAGCAAGUCAUAUGUCAGCUAACCAUGCACUGUAUUAAAAUGCUUAUAAUAACAAUGCUAGCAGGCUAAUGUUCAGCAGCGGCAUGUUUAUCCUGUUUACAAUCAUAGUUAAGCAUGUUGGCAUGCUAAAAUUAGCUAAUUAGCAAUUAACACAACGUAAAGCUGAGGCUUAAGACAGUUCUAGUUUUGCAGGGACUUGGUCAUGAAACAAUUGGGCCAAGUCUAAUCCUACCUGACGAUGGCACUCAGCGAAAAGAUAGGGGUUCACCAAAGUUAUGACAAUUCAUCCUGAAGAGGCACAUGAAUGUCUGAAGUCAUGCUGUGUUCCAUUAUACCUCGCAUCUCGGAUCCUCGAGCCCGGAAGUCGAGGUGGUGAUUCUUUUUUCCGACCUCCCGAGUUGAGGGGUGUCCGAGUUGUAAUUUCCUACACAGAAGUUGUAAUUCCGAGUUCUGAGAUCAUAAUGGAAUGAUAAACCCGAGUUCUGAGCUCCAAGUUCUGAGCUAUAGUGGAACGCAGGGUAAAUUCCAUGUCAAACAUGGUUGACAUUUUUGACUACAUUCAUUAAACAUCAUUAAACAUAAGCAUUAAACAUCAACCCCAAUGGUGACGCUAGAUGAGGUCAGGGGGACUAUCAGUGUUUGCACAAAAUGUUAUGGCAAUCAAUCUAGUAGCCUUAAUCUAUGCACAAAGCUAAACUAACAGGAUGCCGGUAGCUGUAGCUUUCGUAUUUACCAUACAGACAUGACAGUGAUAUCAGUCUUCUAACUCUGUGAAAAAAGGGAAAAAAGUAUCGGGAAAUGUAAGAAAAAAGUUCAACUCUCUGUAACUCCCUUUAACCCUCAGUAGAGGUUGCUGCUGGGUGGAUGACAAACCAUGAAUAGUGGUUAGUGUGAAUUGAAUGUGCUGUGUUGAACAGUUAAAUAUGUGUGGAAAAAAAACAACAUCCUUUUUUAAGGAGUGUGAUGGCACUUUACAUGACACAGAGUUGAUAGACGAAGGUUUGGUUGACUGUUAUACAGUCCAACCAGGCGAACAAUUGCCUGAUUGUUGCAGAGCAUUCAGAACAUUCUGCAACAAUCUGCACUGCUUCUUUUGCCAACAACUGCAUCAGAUCUACCUGGAACGUUGAUUAGAAAAUACAGAUAGUGUUCGUCACUGUGACCUAAGUCACCUUCAGCAAAGAUAAACAUUUGACAAAAUGAUGACACAGCUACACUGCAGAGCUGAGGAUUGGAUCAGAGGGAUCGUGGGUUUUGUUUACUUUUAAAUAACCUCGCAAUGCGGCUGGAUCCCUUACAAGCGAGAAUCCAUCUGUGACAACAGCGAGAAGCAACUGUUCAUUAACAACAAUGGCUACUAAAGCGCUUAGUUUAGAUGCUGCUAUAGUGUCAUUUAUAUCAGUGUUCUUUUACUGAAAGAUGAGCAAAGAACGACGCUGAAAGGUUUGAAUCUCACUGGAUUCCGCAACUCUGAUAGACGGGGACAGACAGAUGGUUCAUUCAAUCACCUGCCAAGUAUUACUUGAAAGAAUCACCUGCCCUUUUCCAAACACUGACCAACGAAGCCUUCCCACAUGGUUCGGUUCAACCAACCAUUUGAAAGCUUCAGAGUCAAAUCUGGCUCACUCCAGGAUGAUCCUCUGGUUUGCCUGUCAGAGGAACCAAUGCUAAUACUUCCAUACAGUCGUAUGUAGAACGAUAAUCACUAUAUUGGACACUUGGCUCGAGGGACUUUUAUUAUUAUUAUUGUUACCUUUAUUCCUGAUGGUAUGAAACCUGUUGAUUUUCUCAACAAUAAGCUGUUAUUUCCCUUGUUAGAAUACGCAUACUGUAUAUACUAACUGUUUUUGUACUCGUGCUUACUCUAUACUCUUGAAGUGCAGCUUUUCAGAAAAUGACAAAUGUUUGAGUCUGUUUGGGACACAGCGUGGACAUGUUGUGGGUGCUAUUGAUUAAUGUAUCUGUAUAUUUCCUGUCAUUUUUGUUGCUUUUGUUACCCUAAAAUGUCCAAAGUGUAGAGGUCUAUUUUUCAAACAUUGUUUAGAGGCUAAUGCCACUACAUCUCUGUUUGGAGAAAUUAGAUCAAGACUGGGUUAAGUUUUUUUAUUUUAUUUCAUCUCAAUGUGGCUGUUAACCAGCUUCUUUCUCUGAAGCUGAUGCACCGUACUGUAGGUAAAAUAGAAACACUGCACAGGAUGUUAAAUAUGGCACAUACUGUAUCUGAAGACACAACUCAGUGGCUCUGUGUGGUUUUUUGUGUUUCUUCAAUGCCUAAUUCUUGAUGUAUAGAGCGGUGAUUUAAGUGUCAAAAGAAAGACAGACCUCUGUUGAUUCUUGAAAUGCUAAAAUGAGUUGUAGUUUUCUUGAUGGUGGUCCUGUGAAAGAGGUUAUAAUGCCACAAAACCAAACAGCCAAGAGUGCAAAGUUGAGUGAAGUAGAGAAUAAAAUUAAAUUUACAAAGCAAAUAACUAGGAUGAUAAAAAUGACUACAUUCCCAGCUUGCUCUGGAGCUUCCGACCUUUGUCAGCAGAUGGAGUCAUGGAACAGUGAAUCUAAACUUCUGUGCCCACACAGAACGUGGAGUGUAUUUCAGAGGCAGGCAUGAUUGUAUAUAAUGACAAUGGAAAUACACAAUUAGAUGAUCUUGUUCAAGGGGCAAAGCAAGUGACACAAAGAUGCAUCUAUAAGGGCUGAAAUAGUAGUGGACGUACUGCUUAGCGCUGGUGCUCACAAAGCAGCUCUGGUCAUUAGAAACAGUAGCCAUGCUCUGCUCCAUGUUCAGAAGAAGGUCCGUGCACAUAGUUACUUUGCACUGAGUCUGAAUACACGUGUUUAGAAAAAACACGUGUAUUCAUUAGCCUUAUUCCCAUCCACAUUCAUCCAAUUCAAAUUUAUCACAGACCAGAGAUCUGGAGCAUUUUAAAUCAGACCAAAUCCAGAACAGAGGGUGGAUCUGAAACCCGGUUUGGGUCGUGUCAAAACACAUCAAUGAGUUUCAUUUAAGUUAAACAUGUAGCAUCUGUCCCGAGUCUCUGUGACUCUGAUCCGGGUUUAUGAUGAAUCAGUACUUUCAUCUCAAAUGACCUUCAAAUGAUGUUCAGGUCGGAAGAGUUUGACUUCUGUCAUCAUGAUGCAGUGACUGUUUCCUGAGUUGUUUUUUUUUCUCUUAAGAUUGUAAACCAAAUAAUCAACAAAGACUAUAUGCAACACAUGGAAAAUGUUACCUGAAUGUUAAUGCACUGCAAAUAAAAACUUUUCCUCAGUA